AUGUCGAACAGCGGAGUGAUAGUGGUACUGCGUCUGGUCACAGCAGUCUAUGCUCAAAGUGUGGUGAUUUCCACCAUCCAGACUGACCUGCAGUCUGCAAGUCUAGGAUCAUUCACAGUUAAUGCUGCUGGAAUUCAAACUGCAACAGAAGGAUUUUCAACCAUCCAUGCCACCAUUGCUUACAUCGGCAUCUUUACUGCACCACUACUGGACCCAACUUCAACUGCCUUCCUAAGCCUGGUCCAACAGAUGGAAGUAGCACUUUUCAACAUCUUUGUCAGUGUUCAAGGCCUCUAUGCUAUUGAAGUUUUGCAGUUCAACCCAUUGCCUAACCUGAUCAUAGCACAUGCCCAAUUUGUGGUCCAACCCUCUGCCCUGGUGGAGGUACAGACUACGUUUUCCACUGCUGUGUCUGGUGGCUUCCUGGACACUCUGCCUGUGGAUCCUUUCAGGACAACUAUUGAAGACUUUGAUGCCGGGUGUUUCACCCCUCUGGAUAUUGCCAUACUGUUAGACGGUUCUGACAGUGUGAGUUCCGAUGACUUCCAGUCCGAAAAGGCCUUUGCCAAACUCUUCCUGAAUGAGUUUGACAUCGGGCAGGACAACAGUCGGGUGACGGUGUUCCAGUACGGGACGGAGCCGAGACAGGAGUUUGCCCUGGACACGUUUGAAACAGACGGGGAUGUGCAGGCUGCGAUAGCAGACACAGAGUACAUGGGAGGGAGUAGGAACCUGGGACAAGCCGUCCGCUACAUGGCAACGUACGGGUUCUCUAGUAGGAACGGAGCCCGCACGUCUGUCCCCAGUGUAGCCAUAGUCAUCACAGGUGGUGCCUCCCUUGAUGAUGUGGCCGCUGCUGCCAGCAAAGCCAGGCGGUCUGGUAUAAUCCUGUACACCAUCGGAGUCGGAAACGCAACUGUGCCUUCAGAACUGGCUGCCAUAGCAACCACCGUCAACACCAGCUACACUGCAGCCAGCUUCGCCGCGCUGAGAGACCUGCGUACCACGCUGGCUGACGAGAUCUGUACCAUUGGCACAGUGCAGAUUGCCUCAAUGGACAUCAGUGAGGAUGUGACUGACCUGAGUGACUCUGCUGAGUACCAGGCACUCAAGGCCAAGGUCCAACAGGAUGUGGCAGAAGUCAUCGGCCCAGCGGGUGCUGAACAGGUCAACGUCCUGGGACUCCGGGUCCUGCCCUAAACAACAACAAGGGCUGAACUUGAACAUUCCCCUUGUUACCCCCCCCCC